AUGGGUAUCUUCUCCAGUCAGGAAGACAGUUACGAGACAACCCAGGAGAAGAACACUGAGGAAGACGAUUCAGAAAAACAAUUCAAUGAGCAUACCAAAGAUAAUGAUGUUCUAGUACCAGCUCCAGUUGAAGAAACGAACACUCCCAUACCAUCUGCACUCAACGAAACAAAGAAUCACACUCCUUCCAUCGAUGAAAUCAUAAGAAGGGCCAGUGCACCAGCUUCAAAAUUAUUAAAUGAUACCAGAAAACUAGAGAUGAUUGCCGCUGCUGCAAAACAAGUUGAGAAGAACUCAAAGGUGAUUGAAGCAGUCCCUAUAAGCAUAAUUCCACCCGAUCGGAAUAUUGCUUCUACCACGGGUGGCCUACUGAUGCUGGAGAAAAAUGAGUGUAUCACGCCACCGCCUGCAAUCUCAAAGGAAGCUGAUAAGCUUGAUGAAGAGUUAACAAAGACAGUGGAAAAAAAAAUAGUUUGGGCAGACAGGACAACAUUCUAUUCUAUGAGGGAAGGGACAUGCAUAGAAAACAGCAUCGUAGAUGCUUGGGCUGUCAUCCUAAACAAAGAAGAAGCUAGGAGUGACUCCCCAACAUGGAUAUUCUUUGGUGUUUCAUCAUUUGUAAGUCAACUAAACCCUUAUUGUUUAUCCCGCCCUGAGUUGAACUGGUUAUCCAAGCCUUCUUGUUAUGCAUUUUGCUAUGGGAUUGUUUUCGUCUCCCUUGUAUGUGGUGGCUUGUCCAUGAUUCAUUUACUAGUUAUCCAUAUGUUUUGUACUACUUAUUCACAAGAUCUGAACUGGUUAACCGUUCCUUCUUGUGUGUCAUCUAGGGUACUUUUGGUUGACCUUGAUAAAAUCAGUCGCUACUAUGAACAAGGCAGUAACAAAGACGACAUGGAGUUCACAUUUUAUGAGAGGUUGGCUCUUGAACUGGAAGAACAAGGCCUUACUGUAGCAUCCCUGUUAGCAGCAAAAGCUUUUCGGUUCUUCAAAAGCUAUAUCGCACAUGUGUUUCCAGGCAUAGAACUGGUCAGUACUCAAUACACCUUCACAGAGGUUAAACUACCAUCGCCUAAGGACAAAACGCCGAAUGAGAAAGAUUGUGGAAUAUACACAAUGUAUCACAUGGAGCGGUAUGAUGGUGGUGAGUACGAGGAUGGUACUACUUUGGAUUUCAACACAGGAAACAUCAAAGACUACUGGUGGAAAUACAAGAUAAAAAUCCUAAUGCAUCCAGUCAACAAAAAUAAGAACAAAGUCCUCGAAGCAAUGCACCAGUUCUAUACAAAUACUGCUGAAGAAAAACAAAAAGAAAUUACAGGUCAUGUUGAUUUGAGCAGCGAAUCUUACUACAAUGACAGAAAAACUGAGGGAUGGGUUAAAUGA